GUGGCCUCUCCUUUUUUUGGAUACGCCAGUGGCCUCUUACCACCAAAACAACCUGUCCCAGACCUCUCCCUUCUCACAGUUCUCAUGGAGGACGACCGCCUCCACAAUUCCUUACCCUCUCUCAAACAAAAGCUCAAGUCCUCCCUCUGCUGCUUCCGGAGGACCCCCCACCACCACCACCAAGACGUUGAAUCCCCGAGCUCGGAGCCCAGGGCCAGGCUCGUCCGGAGCUCGUCCUUCUGGGCAAAGUCCCCGGAGCUCAAAGACAAGUGCCGCAACUUCAUCUCCCGUAUCGGCGCCGCGCGGCACCACCACGGCCGUCGCCAUUCCGCCGACUUCAAGUACGACGCCCUCAGCUACGCCCUCAACUUCGACGACGACGACGGCGACCGCCGCUCCGUCGAGCUCCCGUCGAUGAGUUUCUCCGCUCGGUUGCCAGCCUCGCCGCCGUCCUCGGAGAUCACGGCCUUGGUUAGAUAGAGAGAGGUCAGUUUUCUUUUUGUGCUUUUUUUGGCGGUUCUGGCGGUUAUGGCGGGUGUGAUUCAGUUAGGGCUGUGGUUUAGCGUGGAAAGGCGUUGUGUGCGCGAAGGUGUAACCGUUACGUAACGCCCAUGGGAAUAUUUGCUUCGUUGUCAUAUUUCGUUGAUUUUGUUUUUUCUUCUUUCUUUUAGUUUUACCAAUUCCAUGCAUGUGUAUGAAAUUACAAUCUCAAUUCAAUAGAAAUGAUUGAAUUUAACCA